UCCCAAGAAGCCAAGCGCAAAGCAGCGCGAGAGGUCAUCGACAUCCUGCACGAAAUCGCAACGCUCCUCAAUACCCACCUCGACAGACACCAACUCUCGUACUGCGUCUCUCUGAUUGAGAAUGGUGCCAAUCCCGAGGCUCUGGCGAACGUAAUCCGCCACCUCCGCGAAGCGUAUCCCGUUGAAGAGGGUGAGGAGUAUGCCGGCGAAGGUGCUGCG